GCCGCGCGCUGUGGCGCGGCGGGACCGAGGGGCUCCGGGCGAGGCCCCGGGUCUGGGGUGAGCCGGCUGCGGGCUGAGCGCCGCCAGCUGGGGUGCAGAGUGUGUGCUGGGUGGCAAGGGGUGCUUGAAGUUCGUCCUCUUUAUUCUGUGAACUCUGACUCCAGGUACAUAAAGUUCUUCGCACCGAGUUUUUUCGUCUGCGUUUUGAAAAUAGUACUUCUCGUCCGAACUGUAGUACGUACGGAUCGGGUGGAUCAAACGAUGUGAUAUUUCUAAAAACGCUAAAGCAUAUAGAAUGGAAUGUCAACUCCAUAAGAGCGAGGAUUCUCAGCUGUACCGUGCCUGGUUCAGAAAGAUGUUCUUAAACAUUUGUUGAUGAUGAAUGCGUACUGGGAGUUAAUAAAGACUCUCAAGCCAUCCCCUUCUAAACGUGCUAGGCGUUUUCCUAAUUUUUAAAAAAUGGAACCUUGUUCCUGUGAUACUUUUGUGGCAUUACCUCCAGCAACGGUUGAUAACAGGAUUAUUUUUGGAAAAAAUUCAGAUAGAUUGUGUGAUGAAGUACAGGAGGUAGUUUAUUUUCCUGCUGCAGUUCAUGAGAACCUGAGAGAACAUCUUCAGUGUACUUACAUAGAAAUUGAUCAAGUUCCUGAAACAUAUGCUGUUGUCCUCAGUCGCCCAGCUUGGUUAUGGGGGGCAGAAAUGGGAGCCAACGAGCAUGGAGUUUGCAUUGGGAAUGAAGCUGUAUGGGGAAGAGAAGAAGUGUGUGAUGAAGAGGCGCUACUGGGCAUGGAUCUUGUCAGACUUGGCCUUGAAAGAGCUGAUACAGCUGAAAAAGCCCUCAAUGUCAUUGUUGAUCUAUUAGAAAAAUAUGGCCAGGGUGGAAAUUGUUCAGAGGGUAGGAUGGUAUUCAGCUAUCACAACAGUUUCCUGAUAGCUGAUAGGAAAGAAGCCUGGAUUCUGGAGACUGCAGGGAAGUACUGGGCAGCAGAAAAAGUACAAGAGGGAGGUCGUAAUAUUUCUAAUCAGCUUUCUAUAACAACCAAGAUUGAUCGGGAACAUCCAGACCUGAGAAACUAUGCUAAGCAGAAAGGUUGGUGGGACGGUAAAACGGAGUUUGAUUUUGCUGCAACAUACUCUUAUCUUGACACAGCCAAGAUGAUGCUUUCACCAGGCAGAUACUGUGAAGGCUACAAGCUUCUGAAUAAGCACAAAGUUCUGGCUAGACCUUCCAGGAUUAUAUUGAAUAAGAAUGGAAAUAUAACUUUUGAAACAAUGAUGGAAAUUCUCCGAGAUAAACCAAGUGGCAUUAAUAUGGAGGGAGAAUUCCUGACCACUGCAAGCAUGGUUUCUAUUUUACCUCAAGACUCCAACCUUCCUUGCAUUCACUUCUUCACAGGGACUCCUGAUCCUGAGAGAUCUGUUUUUAAGCCUUUCAUAUUUGUGCCAAAUGUUUCACAACUAUUGGAUACCAGCUCACCAACAUUUGAUCUUGAAGACCCAGUUAAAAAGAAACCACGUUUUCAGUUUAAGCCUGACAGAAGACACCCACUCUAUCAAGAACAUCAACAGGCAUUGGAAGUAAUAGACAAAAAGGAGGAAAAAGCCAAAACUAUGUUGGACAACAUGAGGAAACUGGAGAAAGAACUAUUCAAAGAAAUGGAAUCAAUUCUUCAAAACAAGCAUCUUGAUGUUGAUAAAAUUGUUAAUCUCUUUCCCCAGUGUGCAAAAGAUGAAAUUAGAAUUUAUAAGUCAAACAUUAGUUCUUAGUGUCAUAUAAAUGGUCAACAAUCUUCCUCAAAGUCAGAAUCUAUCACCUUGGUAAAUGAUAUAACCUAGUUUGAGUAGAUCUGAUUUUUCUUUAAUAGCAUU